AUGCCCUGGCGUAAAUCCUGGACGGACCCAAGUACCACUACUCUCGAGGAAGUCGAGCGCCGCGCGUAUCAGGUCUGGAUCAGCGAGAUCAUGCUCCAGCAGACGCGCGUUGCCACUGUUAUCGACUACUGGAACCGUUGGAUGGAACGAUGGCCCACGAUCCAGGACUUAGCAGCCGCAGAGCAGGACGAAGUGCUUUCGGCCUGGCGUGGGCUCGGAUACUAUAGCCGUGCUACGAGAAUCCACGACGCGGCAAAGAUCGUGUGUAAGGAUUCUAGUAUGAAAGGUUUGUUACCAACAGAUGUGGGUGAGCUGGUGGCAAAAGUGCCCGGCGUCGGGAGGUACACAGCGGGGGCUAUCUCAGCGAUUGUCUUUGGGAGGGCAGCGCCGAUGGUAGAUGGUAACGUGCUACGUGUCCUCAGUCGGCAACUUGGCGUUUUUGGGGAUGUCAAGGCGGAUAAAGCAAUUAUUGAGUUGCUAUGGGCGGCGGCUGAUAGCCUAGUUAAGGCUAUUGCAGGUGAUGAUCCAGAAGAUGAGGAUGAUAUUGAUCACAAUACCACUACUGAGAAGGAGGAAGAGAAAGAAGCAGCACCGAGUAAUAGGCCUGGUCGCUGGGGCCAAGCGUUGAUGGAACUGGGCAGCACGAUAUGCACACCAAAACCCAACUGCGCAGUAUGUCCCAUUACAUCAAGCUGUCGCGCAUACGACGAAGGUAUUCGGUCAGCCAGUAAAAGAGGGUUUAUAUCCAAGCCUACGGUAUCCAGUAAUACUACUCUUGAUAUUGAAGACGCUUGCAUUCUUUGUAAGCCGUUUGAGGAGUAUGCAGAAGAAGACGACGAUAAUGAGCAAGGCACAAAGACGGAGGAAGGGCCCAAACAGCAGAAACCCAAGUCUCGUACACAGACUACGUUACGAUCGUUCGCAUUCACACAAGUCACGUCCAAACGGAAAAUCACACCCGGCCCUGAGCCACCGCCAUCUCCGGCUCUUAGUAGUGCCGCACUAGAAGCCGUCGUAAACUACGCGAGAAAGUUCCCACUAAAGACGGUAAAGAAAGCUGUGCGCGAAGAAGAAACUCUAGUAUGUGCUAUCCGGCGCAGUGAUGGUCGGUAUCUGAUUCAUAAGAGGCCUGAGAAGGGGCUCUUGGCGGGGUUGUGGGAGCUGCCAAGUUAUAUUGUGAAGGAUCCGCAAGGAGGAUCGGCAAAGACUAGGAAGAGAGAUGCGGAGAAGUUUGUUCAGGGGUUGAUUAGUGAGAGUGUGAAGGCAAGGAAGAGGAAGACCGUGGUGAAGCAUGUGGAUGAAUUGGGGUCCGUACCGUGGCUGUUUUCUCAUUUGAAGUUGACGAUGCAUGUUCAUCUGUUUGAAUUUGUGGAUGAGGGUGAGGAUAGUGAUGAAGAUAGGCUUAAAGAGGAUGGGAGGACACGAAGCCGGUGGAGCGAUGUUGAGGCUCUUGAUGCGGAGUCGAUGGGGACGGGCAUGCGGAAGUGCUGGGCGUUGGUUAAGGAGGCUGACUAG